AUGUCCGGCAGGGGCAAGGGCGGCAAGGGGCUCGGCAAGGGCGGCGCCAAGCGCCACCGCAAGGUGCUGCGCGACAACAUCCAGGGCAUCACCAAGCCGGCCAUCCGGCGCCUGGCUCGGCGCGGCGGCGUCAAGCGCAUCUCGGGGCUCAUCUACGAGGAGACGCGCGGCGUGCUCAAGGUGUUCCUGGAGAACGUGAUCCGCGACGCCGUCACCUACACGGAGCACGCCAAGCGCAAGACGGUCACGGCCAUGGACGUGGUGUACGCGCUCAAGCGCCAGGGCCGCACCCUCUACGGCUUCGGCGGCUAA